AUGGCGCGAGGUCACCUUCGAGUGUCCCUUGUGCUAGUAUUGCUGCUCGUUCUUGCCUGGCUGUCGGCUUCUUCUGUCCAGAGAUUAUACUAUCUUUUCCGAUUACCGUUUGUCUGGACCGAAUCUUCAGCUCAAGCGACUAUUUCUCAGCACCACGAUAAUUUUGAUCUGACAUUCUCCUCAUUCCCGGCCAACUAUUCUACAGAGGAUGCAGGCUUGCACCCAGUGAUUCCAGCGAAGCUGCAUCACAUUCACCUCGGUCCAAAUGCUCCACCAUCAGAAUGGAUGACAGCCAGAGCUGAUUGCCUCAAGCAUCACGACUCGUGGGAGUUUUUCCUCUGGAAUGACACCAAUGCGCCACAGUUCGUAGAGAAGAACUAUCCUCAUCUCUAUGAUAUGUGGGAAAACUAUCCAUUUAUGGUCCAACGUAUUGAUGCUCUACGUUAUAUGGCGCUAGAGAAGUAUGGGGGUGCUGUUCUUGACUUCGACUUGGCCUGCAAACGUUCCCUCGAACCUCUUCGUCAAUUUGACUUCGUUGCUCCGGCUGCCCAUCCGACAGGCUUUUCGAUUGGCAUGAUGCUUGCCUCGCCUAAUAAUACCUUCGUCAGAUCACUGAUCGAGAGCUUGUCUAUGUUCAAUCAUAUAUGGCCGCUUCUGCCGUAUGUCACAGUGAUGUUCAGCACUGGAUGCCACUAUGCUUCAACCGUAUACACCCUACAGACCAACCGAUCGAGCAUUCGAAUCCUCUCAGGGCCUUCCGACAACCCGAAUUUGCAUAUGCUGAAUGGAUUCGUCGAUACUCCCCUCUUCCGCCAUUUAGGUUCCUCCUCCUGGCACACCAAAGACGCCCGUCUGAUACUUCUGCUUAAGGACGCCCAGCCGAAGCUUAUUUUUAUUGCUGUGGUAAUAACAUUUGGAGUCUUGGCCCUACUGCUAUGGUGUGCACGGUUUACGCGACAUCGUUUCUCAACACGAGACGUCGAAUCUAACCUGAAAAAUCCUUCUUUUAAGCCUUUGUUUAAGUACACAUAG